AAAAAAAAAUGGUUUCAAAGUAAAUAAAAUGAGAAAUGCAUAUAGAGGCAUUACACAAAAUAGAGGUGGAAUAGUUUUGAGAGUGUUGAUAAAUGCAAAAGGCCAUCUAAGUUACAUUUGUCGAGAUUAUACACAUUAUAAUGAGUAUUAUAUUCCUUUCAAAUUAGGAUUAAAAAUUCCAGCUAUAGUCUUUCCAUGGGCUUCGGUAGCAUUGAAAUGACUAUAUUACCCUCUGGCUUCAUCUGAUUCUCACGGAAUCCAAAAUGAACGGCCCAGAUGUUUUGAUUGCGCACCAAAUUUGAAAAAGUGGGUUCGGAAGUUCAUUGAACACAGAUGAUUGUUUUGACAAAACCUGUGGACUCUCUCUCAUCCCCACACAUAGCAAUAGCCCUCAAACUCCAGAAGAAAACCACCAAAACCAUGGGCAAAUAGCUGUUUCUCUCGAGAAAGAGAUAAAACUACUCUUCCACAACCAAAACCAGCUGAUUUCUGUACAAACGCCCACAUUAUGAUGAUUUUUGAGUCUCCCCUUCUAUACAUAUUGCAUUUUCCUGAUUUCGUACCAAAAUCACCUCUUAUCUUUCCCUUUUCUUGAUUUCCUUCCUAAUUAAUUCCCACGCAGGGAUUAUUAGAAACGUGGUGAAUCUAGAAUCUUCCAAACUCGAGUUUCUGGUCAAUCUCGCCCAAUUAUUGAAUUCGGAUGGAAUCGAGUGGAAUGUCCGGUGGUAUUUACUCAAACUUGCAACCUAGUAUGCUAGGACUAGAAAUGUCACUCCACCACAAAUUGCCACCUCAGCACCCAAUGCCGGCAUUCCCCAAAUCCAAGAACCAGAGCCUGACGCUGAGCGACGACGACACCAGCGCCGACGACGGCAAGAGGAAAAUGUCGCCGUGGCAGAGGAUGAAGUGGACCGACAACAUGGUGAGGCUGCUCAUCAUGGUGGUCUUCUACAUCGGCGACGAGGUGGGGGCCUCGGAGGCGGCCGAGAAGAAGAAGGGCGCCGGCCUGCUGCAGAAGAAGGGCAAGUGGAAGUCGGUGUCGAGGGCGAUGAUGGAGAGGGGCUUCUACGUGUCCCCGCAGCAAUGCGAGGAUAAGUUCAAUGAUUUGAACAAGCGGUAUAAGAGGGUGAAUGACAUCUUGGGGAAGGGGACUUCUUGCCGCGUCGUUGAGAAUCAGGCCUUGCUUGAUUCCAUGGAUUUGCCUCCCAAAGUCAAGGACGAGGUCAAGAAGCUGCUCAAUUCCAAGCACUUGUUUUUCAGGGAGAUGUGCGCUUAUCACAACAGCUGCGCCGCCGCGCAGCCGGAGGGGGCGUGCCUGCACAAGGCCCCCGUCACCCCCAACUUGAACAAAGGGGGCGACGAGGGUGCUACUAAAUUAGCCGAUGAUGACGAGGGUGAUGUUGAUGAAGAGGAUGAGGAGGAGGAGGAGGAGGAGGAGGAAGACGAGGAGGAGGAGGAGUACACGGAUGAUCAGAGGAAGAGGGCGAGGAGCAAGGGGGUGAUUGAGCAGCUGGAUGCGGAGAUGGGCGGCGUGUUGAGGGAUGCCGGGAAGACGGCGGGGGAGAAGAGGCAGUGGCUGAGGGCGAAGCUGAUGGCGCUGGAGGAGCAGCGCCUGGGGAUCCAUUCGCAGUCGUUCGAGCUGGAGAAGCAGCGCCUGAAAUGGCUCAAGUUCAGCAGCAAGAAGGAGAGGGAGAUGGAGAGGGAGAAGCUGAUGAAUGAGAGGAGCAAGCUGGAGAAUGAGAGGAUGCUGCUUCUCAUCAAGCAGAAGGAGCUCCAUUUCAUGGAUCCGUCUUCUAUUACUGGAUGACCAAGAUCAAUCAUUUGUACAGAUCAUCAACUUCUUCUACUUACUUAAAUUUACAAAUUUCCAUAUCAGUAGAGUAGCAAAUUAGCUGCUUCUCUUUUCGUAUUCGGCGAUAAAUGAGAUUUGAACACGAAUUUUUAUGAGUU